CAGACGUCUUCCGCCUUCCAGACGUGAAGCUGCACGAGAGCCGCGAGCGGCCCGCCGCGGCUUCUUCAAAACAAAAGCAGUACAACCUUCACCUUGGUGUCCCAUUCGCACCGUGUGCGGACCGUUCUCAUCGUUCUGACGGAUCGUUAGAGGAUUCCUCUCUGUGGAUGGCAGAAGAGAUGCCGGCUCCCUCUCAUGGAGCCGCAGUGUUCUUGGAGCUGAGGAGGAGGCUGCACAGCGGACUGCUCAUUAUCCGGAAAGAUGUGGCAGGAAGUCCCGCGGACGUGCAGGUGACGGGCGCCGAUUCCUCUCUCUGCGUCCGGACUCCAGGCAGCCAGCUGACCGUGACCUUGCCGGCAGGAGUCACCUUGGAGCAGGGGUCCUGCGUCCCGACGCCAGCGGGGGAGUCCGGCGCCGAGGAGCUCCACUUCAGACUGCGUAUCAACAUCAGGCAGAGCGCAGACGAAGAGCCCCCUGCCACCGUGAUGGAGACGCUCCGGGUGAAGGAGACUUAUUGCUUCCACUGCCAGGGCUGCUCGACCCGACUGCUGGAGGACAGAGCGUUCAAGCGAGUUCUUCCUCUCCCUCACUGCAACUGGAGUGCCAUCGUGGACGACUGGUGCUGCCACCCGGAUCCCUUCGCCAACAGGAAGCUGCUGCCCCGAGCCGAGGACUGCUUAGUGGGAGACACCUUCGUCCUCCUCGCCCGGGACGCCAGCUGCGGACAGACUCUGACCGAGGAAGCGAGUCCUGUCGGCACAGAGGACGGUCAAGAUCCAAAGAAACCCUGCCGUCGCCUGGCGCUUAUCUCCUGUGCAAGCUGUUCAUUAGUGCUGGGAGAGGCUGUCGCGCCAGGGACUCUGAAACUGUACAUCACACAGGUGGUGGUGGAGCCCGCUGUGGGAGACAGGAAGCCAGAAGCUUCACUUAACAGAUCUCGCUUCCUGGAGAGGACGGUAGCAGCCAGGCUGCGGGAGCUGUCGAACUCGCUGAGCACCUUCCACUUCUCGGUCCAGACCCCAGACGGAAAAGCCUUCUUGUUGCUCUGGUUGCUGAACAGCGACUCCGUCGUGGCGGCGGUCCGGGAGAGGCCGGUGGGAGACGAGGCGUCCGGCGGCCCGGCGCCCAGAGCCGGCGCAGCCCUGAAGCUCCUCUACGUCGUCUGCUCCGACUCGGGCUUCCAGCAGCGAGAAAUCAUAAGUACUUGGGAAGCCAGCGCCAUCGGCCAGCCCGUGGUGCUGCCGCUGGAGGUGUGCCAGGAGCUCCUGCGAGUGAUCUCCGACAGCAACGCCGCGCUUCCGGCCUCCAUGCGCAGCAUGAGGUCCUACGAGAUGGCGUACCUGCGACUGUGAGAUCACCCAUCAGCCUCCACUCCAACCAGCUCUUCUGGAGCGUUAUCGGAUCCAAGCAGCACCCUAUGGCGGCAGUUCUCCGAACAUGAGCGUGCCUUGUUGUAGUUAACAGUAACAUCCUGUAGUUUUCCAGCUCGGCUUGGAGAACGAGUUCACUGCAGCAAGCAUGCAAAGUCUCGUUUAAUAUUUGAAAAUGUGUUUCCCUGAGUGCCUCUGUUUGAGAAGUUUGUUUCCAUCACCUGCGGAUAGAGACAUGUUUAAACAGGAUCCUGUGUUAACACCUUUCCAGUAAAUAUCCAACUGGAAGAGGAGCAGAAUCAUUCUCAUAGAAUAGAUGUAGUGUGUAAUUACACCUGAUGAAUCAGCUUGUAUGUUUGUCUACUUUUUUUUUUACUCGACAAAUAUAACCAAACUGCUCUUU